AUGGCAGAAAGUGCAGUCACUUUUCUACUCAACAAGAUUUCACCUUUUUUUGAAAAUAGGGUUCAACUGUUGAGAGGGGUUAGAGAAGAACUUGUGUACCUAAAAGGGGAACUGGAGCGCAUGAAAGCCUUUCUGAGGGAUGCAGAUGUAAUGGAAGAAAGUGAUGAUGAACUCAAAGUAUGGGUUAAGCAAGUACGAGAUGUUGCUCAUGAUGCAGAAGAUCUUCUAGAUGAAUUUGCAAUUCUUCAAGCUCAUAACAAUCAUGGCUAUGAACUCUAUUUUCCUUUCAAUAGGCUUUCUUGCUCUGUCAAGAACUUGAAAGCUCAGUACCGGGUUGCCUGGCAGUUACGGAGCAUCAACUCCCAAAUUCAACAUAUUUUUGCAGCUUAUAAAAGACUUCUUCCCAAGCUUAAUGCGGCAAAAGGUUCAAUGUUUACCAGUUCAGGCUAUAGAUGGAAUUCGUCUGUUCAGUAUGAUGGACUCAAUAGUUGUUCAGUAGCACUUCUAGAAGGUUGCAUGAAGAGGAGUGAUACAUGGCAUGAUCGGCGAGGGGAUGCUCUUCUUUUAGACAACACAGAUGUUGUGGGGAUAGACAAGCCUAAACAGAAACUGGUCAGCUGGCUGGUCACUGGUGCCUCUGGACGUGAAGUAGUUUCAGUCACUGGAAUGGGAGGCAUGGGGAAGACCACCUUGGUGAAGAAAGUUUAUGAUGAUGUGAAAGUGAAGAAACAUUUCAAGCCUCGUGCUUGGAUCACGGUUUCUCAAUCUUUUCAGGCAGAAGAUCUUCUUAAAGACAUCAUUCAUGAACUCUUUUAUGCAAUCAGGAGGCCAGUUCCCGAAGGUGUGGAUGACAAGAAUAGCAAUGAAUUGAAAGCAAUAAUUAAGAACUUUCUGCAGAAAAGGAAGUAUCUGAUUGUUCUUGAUGAUGUAUGGCACACUAACGAAUGGGAAACUGUCAAAUAUGUUUUGCCUACUGGGAACUUUGGCAGCAGAGUUAUAGUCACUACACGUAAAGCUGAUGUUGCGUUCACUUCUUGUUCAGAAUCCAAAGGCAAGGUCUAUCACUUGAAGCCCUUGCCUGCAGAUAAGUCCUGGAAUCUGUUCACUAGGAAGGCCUUUCAAGGGAAGCCAUGUCCUCCUUAUUUGUAUGAAAAAUGUAAACGUAUCCUUAAAAAGUGUGAGGGUUUGCCCCUUGCAAUUGUGGCAAUAGGUGGUGUUCUGGCUACAAAAGACACGCGCAGGAUAGAUGAGUGGGAUUUCAUUUGUCAUAGUCUUGGAGCUGAAAUUCAUGGCAAUGACAAACUUGAAGAUUUAAAGAAAGUACUGUCUCUCAGCUUUAACGAUUUGCCCUAUUAUCUCAAGGCUUGUUUCUUGUACUUGAGUAUCUUUCCCGAGGGCCUUCUGAUUCAGCACAUGAGACUGAUUCGUUUGUGGAUAGCUGAAGGAUUUGUAGAGGCUAUACAAGGAAGAACAUUGGAGGAAGUAGCUGAGGACUACCUAAAGGAGCUCUUGAACAGAAAUUUGAUCCUAGUGGGAUACACAACAAGUGAUGGGAGGGUCAAAACUUAUCGCAUCCAUGAUCUUUUACGGGAGAUCAUUAUUUCAAAGUCAAGGGAUCAAAAUUUUGCAGCCAUAGUUAAGGACCAGAAUGCAAUCUGGCCUGAUAGAGUUCGACGCCUAUCCAUACAUAAUUCAUUGCAAACCGUACAAGCAAAAAGGUCAGUUCCUCAACUUCGUUCCCUGUUUUUGUUUGGGCCGGUUGCAAGGCCAUCCAUACAAAAAUAUUUUCCCAGUGGAUUAAGGCUGCUUAAGGUGUUGGAUUUGGAAGCUGCACCUUUAAAGAUGUUUCCGAGAGAAAUCCUGGACCUUUUUUAUUUAAGUUAUCUAAGCUUGAGGAAAACCCAGGUGAAAGUCAUUCCCAGAGGCAUAGGGAAUCUUCAGAACCUGUUGACAUUGGAUCUUAAAAAGACCAAUGUCACUGAAUUGCCUCUUGAGAUACUGAAACUUGAAAAACUUCGCCAUCUCCUGGUUUAUCGUCUUAAGAUUGAAUCUUAUGCACACUUUUAUUCCAAGUUUGGCUUUAAGGCCCCUUCAAGUCUAGGAGAUUUGCAGUCCCUGCAAAAGCUCUGCUUCAUUGAGGCAAAUGAUCAUGGUUGUGGCAUGACAAUGAGGGAGUUAGGUAAGCUGAAGAACCUCAGGAGGCUUGGCAUCAUGAAAUUGAGAAAACAAGAUGGAUUAGCUUUGUGCUUGUCGCUGGAACAUUUGACCAAGCUGCGUGCAUUUUCUGUAAAAUCAACGCGAGAGAAUGAGAUUCUUGAUCUGCAACACCUUUCUUCCCCUCCUCAGUUCCUGGAACGACUAUACUUGACAGGACGUUUGGAAGAGCUGCCAAAUUGGAUUCCUUCACUUCAUAGUUUGGUCAAACUGUUUUUGAAAUGGAGUUGGUUAAAAGAUGAUCCGCUUGUUCGUCUUCAAGAUUUGCCUAAUCUUGUUCAUCUUGAAUUGCUUCAUGCUUGUGAUAGUGACAUGCUGUCUUUCAAGAGUGGAGGAUUUAAAAAGCUCAAGGUUUUGGGUCUUGACAAAUUUGACAACCUCAGAUGCGUGAAGGUGGAGGAGGGAGCAAUGCCAUGCCUCGAAAAACUAACGAUCCAACGAUGUAAGUCAAUGAAGAGGGUGCCAUCAGGAGUUAAACACCUCUCCAGACUGAAGUUGCUUGAGUUCUUUGAAAUGCCAAGUGAAUUAAUCUUGAAACUGCGGCCAAAAGGAGGCGAAGAUUAUGGGGAAGUUAAACAUGUCCCGGAUGUUUAUUCAGCCUGUUGGAGGGAUGGGGGUUGGGAUGUGUAUUCAAUAGAGAGUUUCAAGGAGAUAGAAAAUGCUACCUCACAAGCAGGUACUGUCAGGAGAUGCCAUGAACUUCGUCCGCUAUGGAAGGUUUAG